AUGGAAGAUAGCAGCGACCCAGUCACCGAGGAUGUGGUCUGUGUUGGUACCCUACAAGAACUUGUGGACAGGGCCAUCCUUUUCCGGAAUGUUGUAGAAAUUACGUCUAUCAGAACCAAGAACAGCUGGUAUCUUUUCACGUGCUCCGGAAGCCAGUGUCGUAAGGGACUAACGAGAGAGGAAGGUUACUUCGUUUGCAAGGCGUGUAAAUCAAAGGUUGAUUAUCCGAGAACGAGGUUUCGCAUUCAAGCGGAUGUAACUGAUGGAACAAUGAGUACCGUUGUCACCCUCUUUGAUGAAGUUGCUGAGAAGCUGGUUAAGAGGACUGCAAAAUCCUUAGUUGAGGAACAGUUGACGGAUACUUCUAUUGAUUCUCCCAUACUACCCUCCGCCCUCGAGGCCCUUAUUGGAACAAAGCACACUUUCGAAAUUAAGAGCCACACCUACUACCGUUAUGGAGAAUAUGAGAGCUUCAAUUGCGGCAAGAUUGUUGGGCCUGAUAUGGAUGAAACAGGUGGGAGUGUGAAUGUUGUUCCGUCGGAUUUGGAUGGAAGCCCAUCUGCCACCCUAAAGCGUGACUCGAACCUCCCGCCCCCAACCCCCGGAUCUGGACGGAAACUUAGAAAGCUCUGCAUUCAAGAAUCAGAUGACGAUGCUGAUGAGGUGUCCAUUGACUGUACGGGAGUUAAUGAUAUGGUGGACGAUAGCGACGAUGCUAAGGAGGGUUCCCUCUGA